AUGGCCGACUCCGACGAGCGGGAAGAAGAACUCACAACGCUCAGUGCCAUCUAUCCUGAACUGGUCCCGUCCUCUGAAGACUUCUAUGGCGCGACGCUUGAGAUACCUGUCUCACCAAGCCAACCUCUUCUCGUACGGUUCGUGCCAUCAAAAGCGGCUGGCGAUAUAUCGCUGAACAAGCGCGGCAAAACAUCGAUCAAGGCUGCUGCUUACAUCGAGCGUGAUGUCGAGCUCUCGCACCUCCCACCUCUGACCCUCCACAUGAGUUUACCAGAAGGCUAUCCGCAAUCGAAACCUCCUCAGGUACAGCUGGAAGCCCAGGAAGAUUGGCUGCCUUCAGAUAAGCUCAAGGAGCUGGAGAAGCAGGCCGAGGCCCUUUGGGAGGACUUUGGACGUUGCCAGACUCUGUUUUCCUACAUCGAUUACCUCCAGCAAGCAGCUGAGAGCGGGUUCGACCUGGCGUUCAGCACGGAUGGCUGUCUGGUGUUGCCCAUGGCAGUUGAGAAGGCCCUCGUGACAUACGACGCAGAAACCAAAGGAGCUCUCUUCGAUGCUGGAACGUACGAGUGUGGCAUCUGUAUCGAACCGAAAAAGGGUACAUCCUGCUACCGGCUUUCGAGAUGUGGACAUGUUUUCUGCAAGUCCUGCUUGCAAGAGUUUUACAACUCCGCUAUCAAGGAAGGUGAUGUUGCAAAUGUGAAGUGCUUGUCUCCAGAUUGUGGCAAGAAAGGCACUACUGCGAACGGCAAGAUCUUAAGGCAGACUACCACCAGUCGAGCGAUUCAUCCGCGAGAGCUACUUGCCAUGGGCCUGGAGGACAAAAUGGUCAGACGCUUCGUGGAGAUGAAGCGCAAGAAGAAGCUCGAAGCAGACAAGCAGACUGUCUACUGUCCGCGAACUUGGUGUCAGGGUGCCGCGAAAAGCCCCAAGUACCCUCCAAUCCCCGCAGAUCUGGCCACGUACCCUGACGACGAGAGCGACGAUGAGUCGACAGGCAAAGACAGCGCUCCACCGCAGCCAUCUAAACAACCAGCUGACGCACCGCCAAUAGACCCAGAGGACCGUAUUGCCGUCUGUGAGAAGUGCAACUUCGCUUUCUGCAGAGUAUGCUAUCGAGGCUGGCACGGGCAGUUCGCUCGCUGCUAUCCGCGAGAUCCCAACGAGCUCUCUGCGGAGGAGAAAGCGAGUUACGACUACAUUCUCAGCAACACGUCGCCUUGUCCUACGUGCAGCUCGCCCACGCAAAAGACGUACGGGUGCAAUCACAUGAUAUGCUUCAACUGCCGCACGCAUUACUGCUAUCUCUGCGGCAGUUGGCUUGACGGCCGCGAUCCUUACCAACACUUCAAUCAGCCUGGCCGAGAGUGCUACCAACGACUCUUCGAAUUGGAAGAGGGUGAAAAUGGCCAAGCGCCUGGAGACGGCCGAGGUUUUGCAGGAGCGAGGAGGUGGGAGCAGAUGGCGAUCGAAGUGGCAAGGGAGGCGGAUGCGCGAGAAGCCGCAGAAGCGGCGCAGGCAGCGGAGGACGAGCAGGCAGCUAGGGCGUUGGAAGCAGAGGAGCGAGCAGAAGCUGAUGGACCUGAAAAUGAAUUGGCCGAAGCAGUGGCGCAAGUCCAGAUCAACGAUAAUCCCAUCCCCGAAGCGGCGCAGCAGCGGCCCAACGCGCACGCUCGACGACGCAACCCUUUCCCAGCACACCCACGAGCCGGCGGCGCAGCAGCGGCGGUCCGCUAUCACGAGAGACAGGCAGGCAAUGCACGGGGUGGCAGGAGGCCUGCCGUCAACAACGACGAGCGGCGUCAAGCUGAACUUCAGCGAUUCUUGGACAUGGCUGAACGGGAUGAAGAAGAGGGUUGGAAUAGUGAUGAGCUUGAUGAAGAUGAGGACUUCCGCAUCCGAUAG